AUGGCUCCGGUCCGUGGCCGCGCAGCCUGCGACGGGUGUAGAUCUCGGAAGCAGAAGUGCGAUGAGAAACGACCGACUUGUUCGCGAUGCCGUGAUAUGAAGCGGGAGUGCGUGUGGCCAAAGCUAUACAAGCGUGGUCCUGCCAAGGGUUACAUCGAGGCCCUUGAGCAUCGUCUCGCAGUUACCGAGGCAGUCCUGCUGCAGCUGCUCCAGGUAUCGGAUGACAGCCUAUUGCAAGACGCAUUCAAGCACGAGCCCGCCAGGAGGGCAGAUGUCUUGAAUACUGCCGCCAUGGCAACAACAACGACGACCGACGCGGCAGGCCGAAUAGAGGCCAAGAAGACGGGCACAAUCGCUCACUGGGAGAGCUUCCCCCUGAACACGGCAGACGAGGUGAAGCGCUGGGCAGGCGAAGUCCUCGGGCGCAGCGCAGAUGCGUUGCAGGCCAGCGGAAGCACCUCAGAGGACACCGACCACAGGUCAUUCGAGUCGUAUCCCGUCCUCCCAGAUCCGCUCUCAAGGAGUCAGGCCGAGAGGAGGUCCAGUUCGAGAGCUAGUGCCGAGGCAUAUCAGACACUUCCCAUGGAACCAACUGCUACAGCUCUUCCAACUGCCGUAGAACCUGCUUUAGCUUCUGGCACACCAUUUUCAAGGGAAUUGGGGACAGGCCAAAUGUUUGAUCUGUCUCAAGACUUUAGACGGCAGUUUGUGUGGUAA